AUGGCGGAUGAUUACCAUAGCAAAAAUCAGAAUUGGAUUGGCAUAUCAUUCUCAUUAGCAGACGCAUUAAGAGGCGAUAACGUGGACCAAUUCUUGAAAAUUUACGACGAUUUAUUACCAAAAGAAACUGAUUUUAAACAGAUAGAGCGCAUUAAAGAGCAAGCUCGCAUAUUGUCAGAAAUGGAUGAAGAAAGCUAUCAAAGCCAGCGACGUAGUAGUAACUCUAAUAGUAAUCCUAAUAAAAAUAAUCAUAGUACUGAUAGUGGUAACAGUUUUUCUACUAGUAAGAGUAGAAUUAAUCCAAAUAGUAGCAGUAACAGUGGUAAUGUCAAUAGCAGUGGUAGUAAAAAUAGUAGAAGCAAUAACGAGAAUUGGCGCGAUCCAAAUAACUGGAGGCUUAGAUCAACUGAACAUACUACGAGUAGCGGUCAGCCAUUUGGUAAGAGCAGCGAUAGACAGCGUGACGAAAGAGGUCAUCGAAGAUCAUAUGGUAGCGGGAGUAAUGAACAUAAAUUCUCCCCUGAUAAGCGUUCACAAUCUAGAAAUAAGACAAGAAAGAAUGAUUACUUGAUACGUGGCAAGAGUGGAAGAGGAAAUCGAGGUCAUAGAGAAAACAGUAUCGACGGUAGUCACCGUACAUCAUCACCAUCUCCUUCACGAUUACCUAAAGUCGAACCUAGUAAUUCUUCAGAGAUGACCCUUGAAGGCAAUAUUAUUGAUGGACGAAAAUCUUCUAAUGUUGAUUCUUCACCUAAGAUUAUUACAGAUCAGGAAUUGAAGAAUUUAGAUGAUAAUACCUCGCGAGGUUCUGAUGAAGGGCAUCAGACUAUUACCAACGAACCGCCCUUUGGCUUUCCACCGUCAGAAUCCCAGUUACUGCAGGCUAGUACCGAUCUGCUAUCGAAAGUAUCAGUAGAAGUCGCCGAAAACCGUGGCGAAGAUCGCAACCUUGAAGCUACUCAUGAUUCUGUUAAGCAGCUCAAAACAACAGCAAAAGACAACGCAAUGAUUCACGCCAAAAAUAAAGCAAGUCAACUUUCCAACAACCAUUUUUCCAGUGAAGGAAAAACAACGUAUCAAAAUAAAUCUAUACCGAAUUCAUUUAUGCAUAAAGAAGCUGCCGAUUAUUUAUUUCAAGAUACUGCUAUAAUUACAGAGAGACUUAGUAUUAGUACCAUUAUUCUGAUAACCCUUAGUACCUUAAUCCAUGAUAAAUUAAAAUACGAAUUAUCUAAUUUCUUUCGAUAUAAAAAGUACUGUGAGAGCUUAUUCGCAGGAUGGAAAAACAGUUUGAAGGAAAAUCAUCAUGAAUAUAAUGCCGAAAAUGGAGAUGCUGACAAUAAAUUAAGUAAAGGGCGGAAGGAGUAUCAUAGAGUAUAUUUACUAAUUGUUAUUUCUGAAGUCAGAACUAGUAACAGCUACAUAGCUAACAUGAUGCGAAUUGUCGAUCUUGGAUAG